UCGGCCGAAGACUUCAACCAAGUGUGAAGCCGUCUGAUUGUAAAUACCGCAUCACAGCUUACUCGACGCCCAACGAUGCGCCAAUCCACCGGAGAGCGGACGGACUUAGCGGACCGUAGCCACUUUGCCGCAAGCAAGGUGAACCGCCCGAGCUUGCUGUUGACUAACGAUGAAAACAACCAACUCUUCCAUCUACUUGGUCGUCGCUGUCAGACUCUUGCAACAGCGGUGGUACAACUGUAUUCAACACAAUCGCCAGCGCACGCUUCGUGGGUUAAGCGGUGCACUGGGGCUCUCUGUUUCAUUAAGGAUAACGUGCGCAAGUCAUACUACUUCCGGCUUUUCUGUCUGAAAAUUAAACAGAUGGUUUGGGAGCAAGAGCUGUAUGAAAAAAUCGAAGUAUCGCAACCUAAGUCUUACCUUAUCACAUUUGAGGGUCAGGAUGGUAUUGUUGCGUUCAACUUCGCGACCGAUGACGAAGCGACUGGAUUCAUGAAUACCACUAUUACAACGUUACACAACCGAAAUCGAAGACGCGAUGAGCGCAAUAAACGCAACAGUAAUCGGAAUGAUCCUCCGUCUGUAAGGCCUCCUCCUCCUCUACAUGAAGGAGGAACCACCGGAAGCACCGGCUUACCUGACUCAGAUAUGGCUGUCACCUAUCGGAUGAAGCAACCUUUUACGAGCCAGGGUGUAUUGCCGACUGUCCAGCAGUAUCCAAAUCAACAGCAACAACAGCUUCAGCUCGUAAACCAACCGCACCAAAAACCUCGCAAAACAAAGGGUAUGGGUAAGUUACAGAAAUCGGACAUUGGAUCACCGUCAAACUUUAAGCAUGUAACGCACGUCGGUUGGGAUCCCCAGAGUGGAUUCGACCUAAUCGGUGAAGAGGAGUCUCUGAAGCCAUUCCUAGAGAAAGCUGGAGUACGAGACCAGCACUUAAAAGAUCGCGAUACGUGUGCGUUCAUAUACGACUUUAUCCAGACGAACAACGUACUUGAUACGGUAAAAUCAGAACAAAGUAACGGUCGUAAGAAGCCACCCGCACCUCCGCCGAAUGGACAAAGGAAUCCACCUCCACCACCUCCUCAUCGUUCUUUGCCACCCUUGCCACCGAUAACGCCGCCAAAGGUGGUCAGCGGAACUCCACCAUCGCGGCCUCCACCGAUGCUGCAAUCAGUGACGGAACCUCUGGUUACUCCAAGUCCUCCACCUCCUCCGCCGCCGCCGCCUCCGCUAACAAUUGGAGGACCAACACUAUCACCACCGCUACCAUCGGUUAAAACCUCACCUCCGGCUAUUCCGAGCAAUGAUGUUGGAGAUAUUGGAGACUCAAGAUCUGCACUUCUUGACAGCAUACGGAAAGGAACUUCGCUUAAGAAGGUUGAUCAGAGUGUGCUUAAUGCUGGCAGCAGUGCGGAUAUGCGCGUGGAUUUGAUGAGUGAGAUACAAGCAGGCUUUCAGCUGCGUCCAGUUGCGAAUCGUGAGUUGAGCGGGCCCGGUGACCGGAAUAGUGCUAGCGGUGGUGACGUAGGCACAGACGCGCUCGCUGAUGCACUGCGUCGAGCACUCGCUGAGCGUGGUCGUGUUAUUCGUUCGUCGGAUGAAGACGAGAGCGAUUCAAACUCGAAUAACACGGAUUGGGAAGAUUAGGCAAAUUAUUAUCGAUUGUCGUGCGCCUUAAACUUUCGAUGAAUGUCGGUGAUUUUGUUGAGAUUGAUUGCAUCAUUUUCUGAUGUUUUCGAUGUUUUCUAUGUCUAUUCUUCCUUAGAGCAAUUGUUUCAGAUUGUGUAAAUCUGCUUUUUCGCCGUCAAUUAUUGACAAAAGCAUAAUACAAUCUACAAAACUUAUACAUGUUAUAUUUCUAUUACGUAUUAUAUUUCAUAUAAUUCAAUUUUAUCUUUGUCAGUAGCACUUUCAUUUGGUGUUAUCCCUUUUAGACACCAUUACAUUUGGUGCUGGUUCGUUAACUUUAAAAUGUUGUUUUUUGCUUCAAAUUAACAGUAACUAUAACACUUCAUUUGUCUGUUUUAGAACUCAAAACAAUGUUAAAUGUAUCAAUAAAAAAAAUUUCAUAUAUUUUAAAUACAGUGCCAAUUAAAAUAGGCGAGGAAGAGCAUUUCACAACAAAGCAAAUACAAUAAAAAUCAAAU